AUGAACCCCAGAGAGAGCGGAGGAGGAGGAGUGGAGGCCAUGGAGACCCAGGCGGGAGGGCUGGAGUUGGGGGAGGAGGGAGGCAAGGCCAGCCAUGGAGGAGAUGGAGAAGAAGGGGAAGAGGACAAGGCCUCGGCCUACGACUGCAACGUUUGUGGCCGCAGCUUCCCCUUCCAGAGCUCUCUGUCGCAACACAUGCGGCGCCACACAGGUGCACGCCCCUACAAGUGCCCCUACUGCGACCACCGCGCCUCCCAGAAGGGCAACCUCAAGGUCCACAUCCGCAGCCACAAGCUGCGCACGCUCACUAGCCACCACCCCGAGGAGGAGGAGGGGCCAGAGGAGGAAGAGGAGGGGUCAGGUGAAGUGGGUGUGUCCGAGGGCCUGGAUGGUGGAACCAGUCCGACGAAGAGCAGCUCGGCCUGUAACAGGGUUGUCAACGGAGACGCUAACACAGAAGAGGGUAUAGGGAAGACGGCGGUGAGGAGCGUCAAAAGGGAGAAGUCGAGCUCUGAGCAGCGGCCAUAUUGCUGCCGUCUGUGCGGGUACCAGACCCAGCGCGAGGACCAACUUCUCAGUCACAUCGAGAAGGUCCACAUCACAGCCGACAUGGAGGACGAGACUACCCCAGUGAGUCAGGAGGCAGAGGCAAUGGAGGGAGAAGCAGGGACUCAGGUCACUGAUGGGGCCUUCCCCUGUGAGACAUGUGGCCAGGUGUUCACACAGGCCUGGUUCCUUAAGUCCCACAUGAAGAAACACGCAGGCCUCCUUGAGCACUGUUGUCGGGUGUGUGGCCGCCGCUUCAGGGAAGCCUGGUUCCUCAAGAGCCACAUGAAGACCCACAAUGGCUCCAAGGCCUCCGGCCGGGGAAAACCCAAGGCAGACUCCCAAGAGCCCGUGGCCACCAUCAACGACGUGGCCCAAGACCCAGAGACCAAUGUGACCUCCACAAGCCUUUACCAGGUUUGCUCCAAGUGUGGCAACCUGUUCCAUGACCGAGAGAGCCUGAGGGCCCACGAGAAGGUCCACAGCCAGGUUAAGCAGCCGACACAGGGCCAGAGACGACCUAGCAAUGACGGGGACUUUCCCGGUGCCAAGAGGCGCCUCCUGGACUACCUCAGCCUCCGGCCAGCUGCCGAAGAAAAGCCCCAGGAAGAGAAGAGUUACUUGGGCCAGAGAAUCCCCGAGCUGGACCCAGUGUGUAGCUACCAGGCCUGGCAGCUGGCCACGCGGGGCAGGGUUCUGGAGCCUGUGGAGUCAUACAGUAUAAAGGCUACGGCAGCCGGAGAAGGGGAUGAGGCACUGGCUGGAGGGACCGUGGUGUACGAGAAGGAGAGCAGCCGCUACAUCCUGGAGGGCCAGGAGAGGGAGAGACGCUCAGGGAGACACAGCAGCGCCAGCGGGGGAGGGGGUAGUAACCAGCACACCUCCCCCGGAGAGCGCACCCCCGAGAGCCUGAGCGACUCAGAGUACCGUCCCACCUCCCGCCAGGGCAGACGUUCCUCCUCCUCCCAGCAGAGCCAGUCCAAGUCCACCGAGUGCUUCGAGUGCGGAAAGGUGUUCCGCAGCCACCACCAGAUGAUUGUGCACCAGCGGGUCCACCAGAGGCGAGACGGGGGCAGGGGUUCCGGGUCUGGAGGGGACAACAGGGCAGGGCAAGGAGGGGACCGCUGGGGAUCCACCAGUGACCCCGAAUCAGGCUCCCCCAGCAGGCCCAGCACCCCAGGCUACGGGAACUCACCACCAGCCUCCACCCUGGGAGAGGAUGCCCCUGAGAUGGGCACCGCCAACGCAGGCCCACUGGCAGGUUAG